UUUGAUCGUAGCAGUGCAUGAUACAACCACGCCACGGGACCGCCACCUGACUGCUCCAUUCCCUUCACUUUCUAAUACCUCUCUCGUCAACAAUAUUGGUCUCCCCCACGAUAAUGUGAUUCUCGCAAUGCCCCCCGUGGACAACGACCGCCACAAUAACAGCAACAACAACAUCAUCAUCCACGAUCGACACGACCAUCGCGCAAGCAACAGCGUUGUCCUCGAUAUUCCGGAACGCGACACUGUCACGCGUCCAGUGAUGUCAGAGGCGUCGGACAUCAACCUUCUACACCGUUCGGUGGCGGAUGCGGGGCGAUGGGCGUUCGGGAUGAUUCUCGUGGAAGUGUGGGUGAUGAGCCCGGACAAAACGGCGCUGUAUCGAUCGGAUUCGGGUUGGUGGAUUGACCCGGUCUAUCAUCGAAAUUGCAGUGCGGACUGUAAAAUUUGUCGAUUGACCGAACCCUCACGCACGGACUAUUUGGCGCCACACCCACUCGCUCCCGGUGAAGGACUUCAGGGAGCACUCUGGUCGGAAACCGGUUAUCACUUACGCGGCGGCAACGGAAAUUCGAAUUCGUCAUCAUUCCAUAAUCAGUUCUUGUCCCGUGAUCAUCACAACAAGAAAAUGCUGGACGGAGUCUUUGGACCCACGUCUCCAAUCAAACAGGUCGUGUGGCGGGAAGUACAGGCGUUGGCCGACGAUCCCGAUCAACCGUGGAAUCCUCGAUUGCAGCUGCUUGCCGAGGUGGGUCUCGGCUGGGCGGCAGCAGUGCCAUUCCGUUACCACGGCCAGCAAGGCAUUGUCGUUUAUCUCGCCCGCCAAGCGUCGGACUUGAUCGGAGCCGCUUUUUGUUUGCAGGGGCCUCGAGCAAUUGUGGUGGAAGAACGGCGGCACGAACUUAGCGAUGCAUUGCGGCGAGUCAAGCGAAAAAUUGUGCACGCUCGGCAGAUGUCGGUCGAUUUGGGUACGCUGGUGCAGGACGAGGCACAAAGGAAGCAUAUUGAUGCUCAGCAAGCACUAGCCUGGCACGAAACAAAAUUUGGAGAGAUUUACCGCGCCUAG